CCAUCAUCUAAGCUAUCGUGUCAAACCCGAUACUUCAGUCCAAAUUAAAACCUGACUUCUAAGAUCCAGUCUCCUCCACCUCAACCAUCAUGCCUGGCCCCAAGCAGGCAAAGUCCGAGGAUGAGAUUCCUCAGAGUGAUGCUCAAUUCAUCGUACGCUGUGUGAUGAACAUGACAUCUGACAGACAGGUUGACCUGAACCGAGUGGCCGCUGCGCUUGGCUACACCAACGUUGCGUCCACCGCGAACCGAUUCCGCGCCCUGCGCAAGCGCUACGGUUUUGAGCUCGAAGCCACCCAGACAAGUGGAAGCCCCACCAAGAUAGAUGCCGCGUUGGCCGGAGGCAAUGGCUCCCUGGAUGCUCAGAACGGGCAGGCCGGCCCUGAAGUCACUACCCCGACCAAACGCAAGGCGCCUGCCAAGAGGAACCCCCGAAAGAAAGCCAAGGCCAAUGCUGAGGAGGCCGCUGUGUCGAACAACUCCGACGAAGCUCAGGCUGGGUCUGAUGCCGAUACCAAACCGACCACAAAGGGUCGCAAGAAGGGCGCUGCUGCCCGUGCCAAGUCUGCUCCCAAGGUGGAAGUUGUGGUUGCGCCUGAGACCCCAGAUGAGGCCGAUCUUCCAAGCGAUGUCGUUUAAGUGUUUCUUGAAUGAUCUACGAUACUGGCAGAUGGGUAUCUGAUCAUCGUUGCUAGGAUCUUAAAUCUUCCGUUCUUAUUUUAUUUGUUGACUCUUUCGAGGGAUUAGGUCCAGCAGCUUAAGGAGAAUUCAUUUUAUGCGCAGUCCAUUGAUUUUCAUUCUUGUCAAAUAUCCACACUGAUAGCCUUGGGGAAGGAGCACUGAUGCUCUUGGUCUCUGCAAAUCG